AUGCCCACUUGUUCCCUUCAACGCAUUUUCGACACUGUUGAUUCAUUUGGUUCUUUCAUUUGGGCGCUCCCCGUCGCAGACUUUCCACAGUCAGUGAAAUGCGAGACGGGCUGCGGGGCGGGCAAUGUGGACUGUGGGGUGGAGGCCAAGUGCAUGAUAAAGGAAAGCAAGGGCGAGUGUGUGUGCGCUGGGGCUCUAGUCUUCGACGCCACUGCCAAGCAGUGCCGUGCGCCCCCACCCUCCUGUGCCACCAUUGUGUGUCCGACCAACUCCACCUGCAAUGCCACUGCCGACCCGCCCUGCAUCUGCAAUGCAGGGUUUGAGAUGACAAACGGCCAGUGCGUUGGUAAGCUUCCUCCUUCUCACCCACUUGCUCAGCUCCUCUUCCUUCUCUCUUCCUUCCCUCAUUUUUCCUUCUCUCCCUCUUCCUUCUCUCCCUCUUCCCUCUCACUCUUGCUGCUGACCCUCUUGUCCCUCACCCUCUUGCCUCUCCCGCUUGCUUCUCACCCUCUUGCCUCUCACGCUUGCUUCCUUUGCACCUUUCUUGCCUUUUCCCUGCUGUGUGCAGCGCCCCCACCCUCCUGUGCCACCAUUGUGUGUCCGACCAACUCCACCUGCAAUGCCACUGCCGACCCGCCCUGCAUCUGCAAUGAGGGGCUCACCAUGACAGACGGCCAGUGCCUUGGUGAGCCUCCUCCUUCUCAACCUCUUGUUUUGUACCUUCUUCCUCCUCUCCCUCUUCCUUCUAUCCCUCUUCCAUCUCCCCCUCAUCCUACUCUCCUGUUUUCUCACCCUCUUACCUCUCACACUUGCUUCUCUCGCCCCUUGCUCGUCCCUGCCCUUUUUUCUGCAGCGCUCCCACCCUCCUGUGCCACCAUUGUGUGUCCGACCAACUCCACCUGCAAUGCCACUGCCGACCCGCCCUGCAUCUGCAAUGAGGGGCUCACCAUGGCAGACGGCCAGUGCCUUGGUGAGCCUCCUCCUUCUCACCCUCCUCCCUCUCUCUCUGCUCCCUCUUUCUCCGCCCCCACUUCCAUCUCACCCGCUUCUUUCUCUCCUGCACUGCGAUUGCAUUUUUGUCUUUGA